UUCAGGCGUCCCUAAACAAGAGCUUCUUCGGCGCCGGGCUCAAGCGUGCACUGUGCGGUGUGUUAUGGAGGUGGAAGGUGGUUAAAGGACUCGCACACAGCGGAGGAUUUUGGUGGCUCUUCCUAUGAGUUGACAGUGUAACUUCAGUCCCGAGACGGUUGUAAAAAUACAACAGAACGUGCGGACACAUCGGAGAAGAAGGCACAGCGGUGGUGAGCUCCAGGUAGCAGCUUCAGUCAGCGUUCUCAGGUGGUCCGAUCGGGAUUGCCCCAUCCUUGUGUUGCCAUGGCGAUGCGGGAGCUGGUGGAGGCAGAAUGCGGCGGGGCCAAUCCGCUGAUGAAAUUGACUGGUCACAUGACCAAGGAAGGCGGGGCGUGGCGGCACCGCGCCACACCUUCGAUUCCCGCAACUCCCAUUGAAAUAGCAACAGAAGAUGAGCUGGUCGAUGAAUUCCUCCAGCCGCCCCCGCGUCCCCCGCACACCUUUGACAUGGGUCAGCUGCUGGAGGAGAUGCAGCAGAUCGACCAGCAGAGCUACAGACAGGCUCCGCAGAGAGCCCCGGACGUGGCGGCCUUGGCUCUCUCGGGCGACUGGGCAGCGGAGUUCACCUCGGGCUCGGAUUCCACCUCCACGCCGGGCCUCGGCGCGCUCGGUGACGCGGCCGACGCCGACUGGACCAAAGAAUUCAUCGCUCAGGCCGCGGAUCCUGGCCGCUGGGCAGAAGAAUAUCUGGAACAGUCGGAGGAGAAGCUCUGGCUGGGAGACUUUGGAGACAAGGAGAACGAGUGGACAAAGGAAUAUCAGCCGGGAGAGGAGCUGAGACAGACGGCCAACGAGCUCGUCUCCAAGGUGAACGACCCCAAGUUGCAGAACACGGAGUUCCUGCGUUUCAUUAAGCAAAUUGGCGAGGGCAGUGUGACAGUGGAGAGCAGGACAGACAAACAGCUGACAGAUAAAGCUCAGGCCGAGGAGGCUCACAACUGGGCUUCCAAUCUCAACCAGUUCCUGAUGGAAACGGGGGGAGGGAGUCUUCCCUUGGAAUCCACAGAGAGGAAUGAGAAGAUUGACAAAGCUAAAGCUAAGCAGGCACAGCAGUGGGCCAAAGUCGUCCGCCAGGUGUCACAGGAGUCCGCCGAGGCCUGGGUGGACAAGUUCACCGCAGCCGGACCGGAAUUCCAGCAAGCCAAAGCCGCGGUGGAGAGCGAUGUGGAUUUCUGGGAGAAGCUGCAACAGGAGUGGGAGGAGAUGGCAAAGCGAGACGCGGAGAGUCACCCCUGGCUGUCGGACUUUGAUCAGAUGCUCAGCUCGUCUUACGACAAGGGCUACCAGUUUGAAGAGGACAACCCCUACUUGUCCCACCAAGACCCUCUGACGGAGGGCGUAAAGAGGAUGGAGGCGGGGGAUAUCCCCGGGGCCGUUCGCUUCUUUGAGAGUGCCGUACAGAAAGAACCAGACAACCAACUGGCUUGGCAAUACUUGGGAACAUGUCAGGCAGAAAAUGAGCAAGAAUUUGCUGCCAUCAGCGCCCUCCGCAGAUGUGUGGCGUUGAAGAAGGACAACCUGACCGCUCUGAUGGCGCUGGCUGUCAGCUUCACCAACGAGUCGCUGCACAGGCAGGCCUGCGAGACUCUCCGCGACUGGCUCAAGCAUAACCCCAAGUACGCCAGCGUGUGGGAGCAGCAUCAGCGGGAACGCCAGCAGGACGCGUCCAGAGAAAGGGAAAUGGAGAGGGAGCGCUUUGGCUCUCUGCUGCCAGAAGCCGUGUUCACGGACGUACAAACGUUGUUCCUGCGUGCGGCGAACACGAACCCCACGCAGGUGGACCCACAACUGCAGUGCGGUCUGGGAGUCCUCUUCAACCUCAGCGGCGAGUACGAUAAAGCCGUAGACUGCUUCACCGCGGCGCUCUCGGCCACCCCGCAGGACUACUUACUGUGGAACAAGCUGGGCGCCACGCUAGCCAACGGCAGCCGCUCAGAAGAGGCUGUGGCCGCCUACAGGAGAGCCUUGGAACUGCAGCCGGGGUUUGUCCGCAGUCGCUACAAUCUCGGAAUCAGUUGUGUCAAUUUAGGAGCACACAGGGAGGCGGUGGAGCACUUCCUGGAGGCGUUGUCCCUUCAGCGGCAAGCCGCCGCCGCCGUGGAAUCGAGAGUGGCGCAAAGCCCCGGCGGCACUGCGGCCACUGUCAUGUCGGACAACAUCUGGUCCACGCUGCGCAUGGCUCUCAGCAUGAUGGGCGAGAGCUCGCUCUACUCGGCCGCCGACCGCCGUGACCUGGACACGUUACUGGCACACUUCUGCCAAAGGGAGGUGGAGGGCGGGCCCGAAUGAUGGUCCAUCUCGGGGGGGGUGAUUGCGUGCGAAUGCUCCCUGCACGGAGGAGGAUGUUUGGGACUGAAAGAGACAGUACAAGGGAACUGAUGUGUAAGACGCUGUCAGUCGUCCUCCAGUCAUCAGCCGGUUCACUUGCAGCUUUGGUAUCAGCCGACUGGAGUACAUUUGUUUUAUUUUGCAUAUUUGACGAUCCUGGUGGUUCCUUUUCCGAUGCUUUGACAGUUUUGUAAUAACGCUAAAAUGUUUUUUCCCCGCCUCAAAAACAAGUCGUAUGUGGAGCUGUCAACAUGAUUAUCGUGUUCAGUAGAUUGAUGGAACAGACAGUGUGAGUGCCUCUUUUCGAGUUGCACUACUUACUUUCAAAAUUACUUAUUUUUGUGUAUAAAAUGUUUUGAUUUUUUUAGGGGAGGAACCAGUUAGAAGCCAGGCCCUUGAAGUGAACACCUGUAAAACUGUCGUGUGCGACUGCAAGAGAACGUUUGUAUUUGAGUGAAAGAGGCCGAGAGUUUGGGGAGAAUAUAUAUAUAUUGUUUGUAUGUUUUUCUGAGUUUGUGUAUGAUCGUGUCUGAGCACGUGUGAGUAUUUUUGAGUGUGUGCUGUACAGCCUCGAGGCACUUUGAAUGAUAAGAUCAUAUUUGUGUAAUAUGAUUGGUUCUCCGUGGGCUCCUCCCUUGCAUUCGAAUCCAACGUCAAACGCAUUGCUCCACUGUAAAUUUAAGUGUUCCCAUAACGUGUAAUAUUGUAAGUUCAUCGUUGCACUAUAAUUGUUUUCAGGUAACUGAUGGCCUGGCAGCAAUGUAUAAUAUAAUCAGCAAUAAAGCCCUAAAUUUUAAA